GCUGAGUGCCGCCCGGCAGAGACCGGAAGAAGAAGAAGAAGAAGAGUCAGACGAAGAAGAGGAAGCAGCCUGUGAGAUCGUAGCUUAGCAUCCACAGCUAGCUUCCAGUUUAGUUUGGUUGUACUGAAGAGACUUCAACAGGGCGACGACGUGAUGGAAAUUGGUUCGCUCCAAGACGCUCUGAAAGAUUUCGACAAGAAAGCAAAGAAGGAGGCGACCCCUCUCCUGGAGCAGUUUCUAUGUCACAUAGCCAAGACUGGAGAGACCAUGGUCCAGUGGUCUCAGUUUCAAAACUACUUCCUGUUUAAAUUGGAGAAGGUGAUGGAUGACUUUAAAGCAUCAGCACCCGAGCAAAGAGGCCCUGCAAACCCUAACGUGGAGUCCAUUUCUUUUGAAGAUAUGAGGGAGAGAAUCCUGAAGAUUGUGAAGGGGUACAAUGGAAUUCCAUUUACAAUCCAGCGCUUGUGUGAGCUGCUCACAGAGCCCAAGAGGAACUACACAGGAACUGAGAAGUUCCUCCGAGGGGUGGAGAAGAAUGUAAUGGUAGUAAGCUGUGUUCACCCAACCAUAGAGAAAAACGGAUGCAGUGCUUUAAAUCGAAUGAAUGGAGUGAUGCUUCCUGGGAUCACGUCUGCGUUCACAGAGAGGAAAGUGAACGGUCCUGGAACUCCCCGGCCACUGAAUCGACCAAAGCUGUGUCUUCCCAACCCGAUAGCAGCUAACGGCCUGCCAGACAGCACAGACAGGAAAGACCUCAACACAGAGCACGGAGAUGAAAAGCACUUGAGUGAGGCGAUGGCAGCUGAAGGUUCUCCAGGGAGUUCACUCAAGAACAAACACCCAGUCACAGAGAGUGACAUGGAGGUCGAGCAGCAGGAGGUUAAAAGACUAAAAUUCAGCGAUGAUGAAGAUGAGGACGAGGAGGAAGAGCUAGAGCAGGAUGUGGACACGCGGAGGCCUUUACAUGCUGACUUUAACACAAAAGAGGCAGAAGCCAUGACCCAGGAAGAUCCAGAAGAAGAAAAGAAGGUCAGGAACAGCAAAGAGAAUGAAGCGUCCAGCAGUGCUGCUGAAGACCAAGAACCAUCAAGCAGCACACCAGCUGAGGAGUGUGCCGGCUCAGGUCAGGAUGCUGAACAGGCUGAGAGGGAAGUGCCAAGUGGCUCUGAGGAGGACGGCAGUGACAUGGACCACUCGGAUCAGCAGGCACCUGCAGGCGUCCUCUUGAGCCCAGACACUAGCAGGGACAGUGACAAUAGCAGCAGUGACCCAGUCAGCAGUAGUAGCUGUAGCAUGGAGGAGAGUGCAGAAGAAGAGUCCAGAGAAGAUGAUGGUCACAGUCCCUCCAGCAGUACCACUGAACCUCCUGAAGGUGCCAUGGAAAGUCCCAGAUUGAACUCUGCAACCAGUGAGGAGGAGCCCAUAGAGCAGGACUAACAUUGAGGCCCCUACCAGCCAUGUGUGACAAUAACUGAACCUCUCAUCCAGCUUCACUCACUGCUCACUUUUCUCAGUUUUUGGACCGUCACCAGAACAGCGACCUGGCAGUGAUGAGGGCAUCCCAGUGUUUUUUUAUUUCUGAAGGCAGGUUCAGCUGCCUUGAGUUUACUGGCUAGAUAGUUAAUUCUUUUUUUUUUUUUUAAUGAAUAAAGUUGUUCAGAUACCAGUGUUGUCUUGUUCUUCUGUUCUAAAUCCAUUCAAAGUCAUGUGACAUGGUUGUUUUAUAUGUUUUGAACCCUAAAGCUAAGUGAACUAACUGCCAGGGUCAGAACUAAGCAAUACCAGCCACUUCUGUAUGAAACGUUCAGAUAGGAUUUGUCACAUGUUCAGUUGUCUUCAGUCCAGCAAUGUGCAGACAAUAACACCCUAACUGCCAAAGUGUUCACAGUUGUUCAUCAGGUUACCGAGUACACACAGAUGGGAUUUAACAUUUGUAUUUCCAUUUAUCCUCAAAUGAUGUUCUCCAUAUUUUUGCAAUGAUACACUACAAAUCCCACUGAGCAGUUCUACCUUGUUCCUUUGUAGAGGUGUGUUCUGUACGUUGAUAUAUUGGAUGCAUUAAAGCGUUAUUUAUAUGAUCAUUUCAGUUCA